AUGAUGUAUAAAGCUGGUUCUCUCCUCCUUGCCUUGAGCACUCUGGUUGCUGCCAAACCCGUGCCUGGUGAUGGUGGUUAUGGCGGUGGUGGAAAGACUACCUGCGCCCCGAGCACUGUGACAGUCACCAACGGCGGAUAUGGGUAUGGCAAAACUGUUACAGUCACCAGCUAUACUACAGUCGUCUCCACCAUUGGAACCACAGUGACAGAGAAGGGGCCUGGAUACACAACCACCGUUGGGACCACAGUGACUGAGAAAGGACCCGGGUACACCACCACAGUCACCGAAAAGGGACCCGGCUAUACAACCACCGUUCCUAUUACCGUGACUGGACCUGGCUACACCACCACCGUUGUUAACACGGUGACCGAGAAAGGACCCGGCUACACAACCACUGUCCCUGUCACUGUAACUGGACCGGGUUACACAACUACCGUUGUCAACACGGUGACUGAGAAAGGACCCGGCUACACAACCACUGUCCCCGUUACUGUAACUGAAAAAGGACCCGGCUACACAACCACCGUCCCCGUUACUGUGACUGAGAAAGGGCCCGGCUACACAACUACCGUGGUUAGCACGGUGACCGAGAAAGGAUCUGGGUACACCACCACUGUCAUAAACACGGUUACUGAGAAAGGCAAGUUCUUGUUCUACAUCCCCGAGCUAGACAACGUCCAAGUUGGAGGCUAA